GUUUAAUUUUUUAAAAAAAUGAGCAAGCAGGCUAACCCCAUUUAUCGCCACUUAGGGCAGCCUGCCUGUCCUUGCCGCAACUUCGGUAACACUUAACACUGUAAGUAACCCAAUUACCACAGCUAUAAACAUAAACCAUAAACCAUUUUUCAAGUUUUUCAAGUCGUUUGUGAAUUGCCGGCGACAAAAAUGGUCCCAAAUUCCAUGGCACUUACCCGCAGAUUCCCCCACUUGUGUCGUUUCAUGAGCUUUUCUUCCAAAAACUUGUGCCUUCCUGCCCACCGAACUAUAUUCCCCGUAAGAGAUUUUAAGGGCUGUUCCCAUUCAUAUUUUUUGAGUUCUAGUCAUGGAGCUGUGUUUAAGGAAUGGGGUGCUCGCAAAACGGGAGGUGGGCAGUUGGGUUUUGAUUAUUUCCGGGUUUCAGCAGUUUCGAAUGGUGGGUCCAGGGGGAUUGGUGGGCUUGGAGGCUCCGGUGAUGGGAAUUCGGGUGGCAAAGGUGAAGGCGCUGAUGGCAAUGGUGGAAGAAGUGGUUGGUCCUUUCUUUCAUGGUAUUUGGCUCUUCUAGAGAAACACCCUGUGUUGACAAAAGCUGUGACAUCUGCACUUUUGACUUUUAUUGGCGAUUUGAUUUGCCAGCUUGCAAUUGAUCAAGUGCCAUCUCUAGACGUGAAAAGGACAUUUCUGUUUACUUUGUUGGGUUUGGUAUUAGUGGGCCCUACAUUGCACUUCUGGUAUUUAUCUCUAAGUAACUUGGUAAAAUUGCCUGGAGCAUCAGGUGCUUUCUUGCGGCUUUUACUGGAUCAGUUUCUUUUUGCUCCGACUUUUAUUGGAGUUUUCUUAUCUACGUUGGUAACACUAGAAGGAAGGCCUUCGCAAGUUGUACCCAAACUUCAACAGGAGUGGUUUUCUGCUGUUGUUGUAAAUUGGCAGCUGUGGAUACCUUUCCAAUUUCUCAACUUUCGGUUUGUCCCACAGCAAUUCCAGGUCCUUGCUGCAAAUUUCAUUGCUUUAGUUUGGAAUGUGAUUCUCUCAUAUAAAGCUCACAAAGAGAUAAUCACAAAAUAGGUAUUGCUUUAAGUUUCCAAGUUAUAGCUGAAAGUGAUGGUAGCUCAUGAGUUAAUUUCGUUUGUGGCCAUUGAACAGAGUACUGAAUUUCAGUUGUAUUAUCAAACUUUGAGAUAGACCAUCUUUGUGGUGUUUAACCAAUUUCAUUUAUCCAA